CCCGUUCAUCAUCCAUCGCUUCAUUUCCCCCAAUCUUUCCCCAUUCCAUCACUACCUCCUCCUCCUCCUCCAUUCUUCCCCCCCACUCCACCUCUUUUCUCCUUGUUCAGGCCUUUUCUUAGCCUCUCUUUUCAGCUUCACCUCCCUGCCAACAUGUUCCGCUCCGCCGUCGUCCGCUCCCUCAGGGCCUCUGUCCCUCGUGCCGUCAAGACUCCGGCUCCCUUCCAGAUCCGUAGCUCUCCUGUCGCUCGUCCGGCUCAAUUCGCCCCUCGCUUUGCCUACCAGGGUGUCAGACUCUACUCCGCUCCCGCCGGUCUCAACAAGGACGAGGUUGAGGGUCGGAUAGUCAACCUUCUGAAGAACUUUGACAAGGUCUCCGAUGCUAGCAAGAUCAACGGUGCCUCUCACUUCGCAAACGACCUCGGCCUGGACAGCUUGGAUACCGUUGAGGUCGUCAUGGCCAUUGAGGAGGAGUUCAGCAUUGAGAUCCCCGACAAGGAGGCCGACUCCAUCCACAGCGUUGACAAGGCUGUUGAGUACAUCCUUGGCCAGCCCGAUGCUCACUAAAUAUGAACGUAAUGCGAGGACUCGGAGUGGAUUGGGGGACUUAGAAUAGAAAGGAAAGGGAAUGCUGGCGUGCAUCUACAUGGGACUUGCCACAGUGGAGGUACCAGGAGUCGGUCACGCUACUCUGUAUGCUGAUACAUGCCUGUGCUCUUUUCACUCUAUUAUAUCGUGUAUAUCAUCUUCAAUGCAGUUUUGACUGAUUUUGGCUGGUCUUGUCGUAUACUCCUUCCUCUCCAUUCAUAUCGUGUGAGAUGAGCAUUGUUGAAGAAGUAACUUCAUAGCUGAGAUUAUUCAUGGUCAGGGAACUGGUAGUGUUGAAUUAAGCUUGGAAUUGCACGCGGUGUUCAGGUCGGAACGAAUCUGAUAUGCAGUUCCGUGGGAUGACGUGGAGGCUACCCAUUCGGGAACAAUCAACGAGAAAUGAGUGCAGGGCCCAGCCAUUGUAUUCGUGCCUGUGAGAGUGAGAAGGGCUGGGAUUCCUACUGCAGUUUUGAAACCAAUGUUGAUGCAACUGAAGUAGAAAAAGAAAAUAGAAGUAAAACCAUCAGGGGCCUGGAACCGAGUGGGCUGGG